CAGUUGCCAUUUGGGCGACAUAGCAGUCUGUGGACAUAACCUAGACUUUUAGCCGAAGCUUCAAAAUGUGUUUAGAUUUUAAUAUUUUCAACUAAUUUGAAAAAUGUAUCUUGUUAAACCGAUGGCUAAGUCUCUGUUGCGACAGAGUUAUUGUCGGUUUCCAGCUCGAGUUCACUGCGCCAGACAUUUUCAAAAUCAAGCUACUGAAAGUGCAGAAGAAAACAGCCAUUUAUUCGACUUACUGAAGAAAUAUGAAUAUAGACUGCUCUACAGCAGUAUUUUAGAGCAGCAUAGAAUUCGGUAUGGAUACCACCAGCAAAGGGCCUUUAUAAAGAAGACAGAGAUGGCUGACUUCAAACUGAAAACUGCUAUAAGAUCUUUGCGUCCCUUGCCAGUAUCGUUGAAGUACUUCACCGACUAUAAUUUGGAUGAUAUUGAGAAGUCUGCGGCCGAAGAAGCAGAGAGCGAGAUUGUAGAAGAAGCCGACAGCCUUACAAACUUUCCCUACAAAGUAAAUGCAACAGUGGAAGAUGAAGGGUUUGUCGACGAGCCAAAGAAACCUGAUCCCCAUUCUAUCAAAAAAGAAAUAGAGGCCAGGAAGGAAGCAUUAGAUAACGAUAAGGAGAACUGGAUGACCCACUACGAGAAUUAUGAGGACGAUUUGGAGGAGCAUAAUGAGAGACUGCUCUUUGGCGAUGGGGACGAUUGGAAAGUCAAUUAUGGGACUCCAGACCCACGUUGUGCAAUCAGCAAUGUUCCUUGUGGCGGCUGUGGGGCUUAUUUACAUUGUCAGGAUUCAUCAAUUCCCGGAUAUAUUCCCUCAGAAAUAUUCAAGAACAGUUUUAAACGUCAUGCAGGUGCCCCUUUAUCCUCACUUCUCUGCCAGCGGUGUCAUUUUCUGAAGGAAUACAAUAUUGCUCUACAAGUGCGAGUGUCGCCCGAUGACUAUCCAAAAAUCCUGCAAAACAUUGCGUUCAAUUCGGGCUUGGCAUUGCUGAUGGUCGAUUUAACGGAUUUUCCAUGCUCAAUCUGGCCAGGAAUUGCUGACAUUCUUGGGCCGAAAGCCUCGAUUGUGGUAGUUGGAAACAAAGUGGAUUUAUUGCCGAAAGACGACUAUGACCAUUUAAAAAAAAUAAAAGAAGCUAUGUUUAACAGUGUUAAGUUGCAUGGAUUUGGCACUGCCAACAUCAAAAGCAUCGAGUUGAUUUCUGCGAAGACUGGAUUUGGAGUGGAACGGUUGAUAGACUCUCUUCUCCGAGUGUGGAAAUGGCGGGGUGACGUGUAUAUCAUCGGCUGCACCAACGUGGGCAAGUCCAGCCUAUUCAAUCUCCUGCUCCAAUCAGAUUUUUGCAAAAUUCAAGCAGCCGAUCUGAUUCAGCGAUCUACAACCAGCCCCUGGCCAGGUACUACCUUGAACUUGUUAAAGUUUCCCAUAACCAGAUUUGGGGGUCAUCGAAUGUUCGCCCGAAGGAAGCGACUAGAAAUGCUGCAGAAAAUCGAAAAGCAGGAACUGAAAUUGAACAGGGAAAUGCUGAGUAAAGAGAAUGUGCCAAGCUAUGCGACCCUGAUUGGUCGCGUAGAGAGAUCGCAACAGCCUCGUCCGUCCAAAGAUGAGAUUCCAGACAACUUUUCUGUAGGAGGCACUCGCAACGUAUCAGGAAUUACCUGUAUGGGAAUCAAUGAAGAACUACCGGAAUUUGUCCAUGGGAAGUGGUGUUACGAUACGCCGGGAGUGAUGCAUCCAGACCAGAUAUUACAUCUGCUGACCACAGAAGAACUGGUGCGCACGUUGCCGAAGGAACUGAUUAGACCUGAAACUUUUUGCGUGAAGCCUGGGAGUUCGUUGUUUAUUGCUGGGCUGGCUCGGCUGGAUUAUGUGAAUGGACGAAAUUCCGUCAGAUUAACGGUUUUCCGAGCAAACACUCUUCCAAUCACAAUUUGCAAGACAACUGAAGCCGAUCGGUUGUACGAGGAACUGCUGGGAACAGAGCUGCUGGCUGUCCCCAUUUUGAAAAGCGACCGAAAGGAAAAGUGGCCUGGUUUGGAACUAGCAAAAUCGUUUAAAGUCUUCGGGAAAUGUGAGGACUUGUCCAGUUAUGACGUGGUUCUUUCCAGCGCAGGUUGGGUCGCCAUAAAUUGCAACUUUGAUAAUUAUGAAUUCAGUGCGUGGACGCCAGAGAAAAGGGGCGUUCAUUUACGGGACGCUUUGCUUCCGAAGGCAGUCACAAUGAGGGGGCGGAGAGUUAGAGACAGUGUCGCCUACGGACAACAUAAGCUGAUAAUAUGAUUGAGGCACAGGCAUUUCUGUAAUUCAAUAAAAAGUUAUUUAAUUUGAA